GACUUCCAAAACCACAGAUAACAUUCUGCCCAGCACCGCAGGGGUCAAUUUGGUCCACUUGCACAGUGACAAGAAGGGAAAAAAAAAAAAAAAAAGUGGGCUGUAACUGAAAGAUAUUAAGACUCACAAGUGAGGGGUUGGUCUGUAGGUGGGAGGAGGGAGUGACGAGCCAAGGAGGAGACAGAGACUCAGGAGGGCGCAGGAAGUGUCUCCGCUGAGGCUGGGGCAAGGCAGGAGGGUGGAGGUGUCUGCAGGAGCAGGCAUCCCCCUCCUGCUGCUGCCAAGGGCUCUGGGCACCUUCAGCCCUCGGCGCCUGCCCUCCAAGGCUCAAGCCAGAAGCUCCGGGCUCUUGCUGAGUUGGUGACACAGCCACGGAGCUGGUUCCCCCUGGGGUCCCCCGCCCGUCCUCACUCUGCUCCCCAGCAUGGAGGAAGACGGCGAUUUCGGCAACGAUUAUGGGGCAGACAACCAGUCCGAGUGUGAGUACGCGGACUGGAAGUCCUCGGGGGCCCUCAUCCCUGCCAUCUACAUGCUGGUUUUCCUCCUGGGCACGACGGGCAACGGCCUGGUGCUCUGGACCGUGUUUCGGAGCAGCCGGGAGAAGAGGCGCUCUGCCGACAUCUUCAUCUCCAGCCUGGCGGUGGCGGACCUGACCUUCGUGGUGACCCUGCCGCUGUGGGCCACCUACACGUACCGGGACUACGACUGGCCCUUCGGGGCCUUCGCCUGCAAGGUCAGCAGCUAUCUCAUCUUCGUCAACAUGUACGCCAGCGUCUUCUGCCUCACCGGCCUCAGCUUCGACCGCUACCUGGCCAUCGUGAGGCCGGUGGCCAACGCUCGGCUGAGGCUGCGGGUCAGCGGGGCCGUGGCCACGGCGGUCCUGUGGGUGCUGGCCGCCCUCCUGGCCAUGCCGGUCAUGGUGUUCCGUGCCACCGCGGCGGUCCCCAGCCUGGACAACACCACCAAGGUGCAGUGCUACAUGGACUACUCCAUGGUGGCCACCUCCAGCUUGGAGUGGGCCUGGGAGGUGGGCCUGGGGGUCUCGUCCACGGCCCUGGGCUUCGUCGUGCCCUUCACCAUCAUGCUGACCUGCUACUUCUUCAUCGCGCAGACCAUCGCCGGCCACUUCCGUAAGGAGCGCGCCGAGGGCCUGCGGAAGCGGCGCCGGCUGCUCAGCAUCAUCGUGAUGCUGGUGGUGACCUUCGCCCUGUGCUGGACGCCCUACCACCUGGUGAAGACGCUCUACAUGCUGGGCAGCCUGCUGCGCUGGCCCUGCGGCUUCGACCUCUUCCUCAUGAACGUCUUCCCCUACUGCACCUGCAUCAGCUACGUCAACAGCUGCCUCAACCCCUUCCUCUACGCCUUCUUCGACCCCCGCUUCCGCCAGGCCUGCGCCUCCAUGCUCUGCUGCGGCCGGAGCCGGUGCGGGGGCGCCGCGCACAGCAGCAGCGGGGAGAAGUCGGCCAGCUACUCCUCGGGGCACAGCCAGGGGCCCGGCCCCAACUCCGGGAAGGGCGGGGAGCAGAUGCAGGAGAAAUCCAUUCCCUACAGCCAAGAGACCCUCGUGGUUGACUAGGGCUGGGGUCCCGGGGCAUCCUGGCGCGCUCUCCGCCCUGCCCCCGCUCUCCGAA